GGAGUGUAAAUUCAAAAAGUAGACUGAAUCAGGCUCCUUUUGAAUUUGUCGCUUUUUUCAAAUUUAAUUUCCAAAAUAUCGAUCCUAGAAGAAAAAUUGUGAGGGCCAAACUUGUAGAGAAUCAAAUUUCCUACAGUUUUUGUCCUCACGGUUUUACUGUAAAAUCAAAAAUGGCCGAGUUGUUCAAGAAAAACCGUUUUUCGAAUAUACACAGGAGCCUAAUUCAGUCUACUUCUUGAAUUUACACUCCCAGUGACCCCCCCGAGGGACCUACGAAAAAAAAAUCCAAGAACUGAUUAUUCACGGGUAGGGUCGGUUUUUUUGGAUAUAAUGACUGGACUAAUUGUAUACAUCGAUACGAUUAGCGAUAUACAAUGGUGUUGUUAGUCUCAGUAGAAACCUGUAAGAGUCGGAGCUCAAUCGGGGCGAGUGCUUGAUUGAGUUGAACGAUAAUGAACUUUAAUACUAUGGUGAUUGAGUUACAAUUAAUUUCAAAAGACGCCAUAUUGUAAAGGGGACCGUACUUGGAUGAUAGUAAAUUUCAUCAUUGUUCGUCUUCAACAUAUUCCUGUGGGCCCUAAAACAUGUAAGAGCUAGAGGUAUCUUCAAUCUCUGCUAUACCUACGCAGGAUUCUCGCCGGGGAUUUAUUCGUAGGGUUAUGCCUACGUAUAAAUCUCUGACAAAUUGCCGGUCGAUAUCUUGAAGGCGCCAAGCGCUUGUGUAGUGUGUUCGCGCCGGUGGACGGAUUUAUUCGUAGCAACGUCUUGGACAUUAGCCGAUUGAAAUUAUUCCGCUGAUAUAGUCGCACUCGCUGGUCACCCGUGUUUAUACAGCAAGUGCCUUUAGAACAAAAAGAACAGGUUUGCUCCGAUAACGCGUGUUCAGUUUUUACAAAAAUGCGACCAGUGCCAUUUAUCACUGAGUAAGCGAGGGACUGCGUUUAGUUUUUUUUUAAUAUAACAAAACAGUUGAACACGAUGUUUAGUGCAAUAUUGUUUUUAUUGAUUAGUAUUUGUGACAAUAUAUCCGGAUAUAAACCUAUGCUCGCCAAAGACUCCACGAAACGCCCCGAAGAACCUGAUUAUAAAGUAUCAAUGGUGGCAUCGGAGGAGCACGCGGGCAGCCCGGCGCUGUUCACGCACGGCGAGAGCCCCGUGUGGGACGCCGAUACCCAGAGCUUGUAUUUCGUGGACGCGUUGGAGCAAAAUCUACAUCGCCUACACUAUGGGACGGGGCAGAUAUUUACGAAACAUAUAGGUUACGGGCAAGUGAACGUCAUUGCACUGGUGGAAGGCAGCAGUCGGUUGCUGGUAGCCGUGCGAGCAGGAUUGUAUCUCCUGGACUGGCAGAUAGAGGGCGAUGCCGCUUUACGUCUGCUGACCACAGUGGACAACGGCAUGCCCGACAACGUGAUCAACGAGGGCAAGCCGGACGCCGACGGACGGUUCGUGGCGGGUACAAAAGGCCCUCAAACAGGUGACGAUGUAGUGACUGACAAGGCCACUCUGUACAGCUUCGACCAGCACUCGCUGCAGAAUCCGCGCGCGCUCCUCCGGCCCGUCAGCAUCUCCAACGGCAUCGCCUGGUCGCCCAACAACACCGUCAUGUACUACGCCGACUCGCCCACUCAGAAGAUAGAGGCGUUCGACUAUGACUUGCUGACUGGAGACAUUGGUAACCGAAGGACUAUCUUCGAUAUCACGCAACACGGGUACAGCGACGCGAUCCCCGACGGCAUGACCAUAGACACCGAAGGUCAUCUUUGGGUGGCGCUCAUGUUUGGUGGGGCGGUGAUCCACAUAAACCCCGACAGCAGGGAGUUAAUAACAGCGUACACGGUGCCGGCGGCGCGCGUGACGUCGCUGUGCUGGGGCGGGCCGCGGCUGGACGAGCUGUUCGUGACGACGUCGCGCGAGGCGCCGCUCGGCGGGGCCGUGUUCACCAUCCGCGGCACGCAGCGCCGCGGACUCGCGCCUAACAAGUUCCACUUCCACGACGCUGAUCGAUACUGAGUUUUAACUUGUAUACCAAUUUUAGAUUAGAAUGUUUAUUGUAUUACUUAUUAACCCUUUGAACGCCACAGACGGCAAUUGACGUCUACGCAAAAUCGUGACAACGACGCUAAAGACGGCAUUUGACGUCGAUCGUUUUUUGAUAAAAACGUACUGAAAAACACCCCACUUUUAGAUUAGCAUUAUUUAUUCACAAAACUAAAUUUUACCCCCGUGGCGUCAGUGGCACGGCAAAUGGAUGCACCGUUUGGCGUUCAAAAGGUUAAACCUUUCCCUGGAUUUAUUUAUGGGAGUUUUAUUCACAUCAUUAUAAAAUAAUAACUCUAGGGAUGUCGAUG